UCUAUGUAGAUAAAUCCUACACUACUUAAAUCAACUAAUACCCACUCUUAUAAUAUGUGGCAAAGCCACAAUUCACCAGAGGCUGAAUAACCUCUUCAGCCCCUCUCUCUCUCACACGUAAGUCCCUUCUUCCUCUUCUUUCUUUAUUUUCUUUCACCCCACGCACACAAUCUUCUCUUCUUAUUCCUUCUUCUUCUUCUUCUUUAUUUUCUCCUCUGAAUAGGCCAACUACAGCUGCCAAUCAUCUCCAUUUCAUGACCUGCAAUCACCUUCUUCCACUCCAUUCCUCUAUAAAUAGAUGGUCAUGGUUCUUUAGCUCUUCACACCAUCAAUUCCCUUCAAUUUUCUCUCUCGUUACUCUGCCUCUUUCCUCUUCCUCACUUCUGACGCUUUUCCUUCCUCUAUCUAUCUCUUUAUCUUCCUCAUACGUUCCUAAACUCAGAAGCCAUGAAGCUUUCCUCCCAUGACAGCCACCAUAAUGUUCAAACAUCACCAAAUCUGUCUCUCUUUGAUUAUAUCACAAAACAUGUUCAAAUCCCUCUAAAAAAUUGAUAUUCAUGUUCCUGGAUGUCCAAAUAUGGGAUCUGGAAACUUUGGCGAAGUUCUGGGCUUGUUUGGGCUGUUUUUGGGUUUUUGUUCUUCGCUGUUCAUCGUGUUCUUCCUCACCACCGUGCAGUCCAGAUUCCGGCAAGAAUCAUCAACUUAAAGCGCGUUUUCUACCUCGUCCGACCUCCGAUUAAGACGAUUCCAAAGCCUAAGUUCUUAUGGAAGAUAGGAGAAUCUAACCAUGUGCCCAGAUCCGACCACCGCCUCCUCCGGUCAUCUUCUCCGCAGACCUUCGCCGGGAAAUUCAUAACUUGCCCAGAAAAAUUCCAGAACUUGUAUUCUAUUUUGAAGGAAAAGACUCAAUUUCCUCCUUCUCGGCCUCACCAUCUUCAAAGAGGAGAUGAUGAUCACGAAAUCACACCUCUGUCCUUUUCCUUUAUUGCAACAACGUCAUUGCUGCUCCGUGAGAUCUAGCUCAAAGUUUUAGUUGCGAAUUUUCAGAUAAAUACCAUACAAGAUCGGUUGGUCUUUUGUUGUUAUUAUCAAAUUCAAUGGCGCCAAGAAAAAUUCACUUGCAUCAAGGGAAGAAUCCACUCGAUGCUUAUCCAUUUGAAGCUUUUUCAUUCGGCUCAUGGAAACCCGCAAAGUUCAUAAAAAUUGAAUCAGGAAAUGUGACCUUACAUUUUAUGGAUGAUGAUGAGAUGGCUAUAAAGAAUGGCUACUCAGACAUGCGAAUAAAGUCAAGGAAGGCUUCUUUGUCUGAUUGCACCUCUUUCUUACGGCAAGGGAUUGAUGUAUGUGUGCUAUCAACCUUUCAAAGUGAUAAUUCAGAUCAAUUGAAAUCCAAUCCUGUCUGGGCUGAUGCUAAGAUAACUUCCGUAGACCGAAAGCCCCACAAGCCUGACUGCUCGUGUGACUAUUAUGUGAAUUUUUAUGACAAUCAAGGUUCCAUUGGUUCAGAGAAGAAGACUCUAUGCAAGGAGGUCAAAGUAAUUGGGUUGGAUCAAAUUUCCAUCUUACAAAAGCUUGGACGCAAAGGCCAUGAUAAUCAGCCAUACCAGUGGGAUUCAUCAGAAGACUGCAUUGCCAGAUCACUAACGAAGUUGUUCUUAAGAAACUUCGCAUGCGACAUUUCAUGGCUAGUUGUCGCAUCUCUCAAGAAGAAUGUCUCCUUCUGCGUGAGAUCUGUGGACAACAAGAUUCUCUACCAAAUCUUGGAAACUGAUAGUUGCAGCUCUAAUGAUUAUAACAUAAGAGCUGUGAACUUCAGACUCGAAGAUGAACAUGAUUCCCAAAAAGUGCCACCAUCUGUUGAGGGGUUACGGCGUUCCACACGCCGAAUUAAGGCACCUGAACGCUACUUGGGUUAUGAUCUUUGUUCAGGUUCUUUUCGAACUCAGAAAUGCAAGAUACACAGUGGGAAAGAUGAUGCAAAGUGGUGCUCUUCAGGACGUUAUUAUAAUCCUACAAGUCGUAAGAAGCAUCAGAGGAAGGAUUCAUCUGAUUUGGAUGAUAUGAUGGAUCUUCAACCUGGAUGGAAGGGGCAGAGUUCCAGAAGGGGAACUGAGCGGAAGAGAUAUCGUUCAGAUUAUUCAAGAAACAUGAAUGAUGAGGAUGAAGAACAACCACGAAGAGGUAGGGCCUUAGAUGCAACUGCCUCCAAGAAAAUGAUAGAUUCUUACAUGAAGAGCAUGAACAAAAUACCAACAAAAGAAGAGGCUAUUAAUGAACAAUGGAAGGAAGCAAUAAACUUAGGAAAGACAAGGAUACAAAAAAAAACUCAAACAGAGGAGGAGGAGGUAAAAAUAUCUGAAAUGGAAAUGUUAUGGAGAGAAAUGGAUGAGGCAAUGACAGAGAUUUAUCUUGAAAAAUCAAACCAGGGUUCAAAUGUUGCUGCUUCAACUCAGACUAAGGAAGAGUCUACCGUAACAUGUAAACACAAUUAUAUAGUGGAUGAACAAAUUGGAGAACGUUGCACGAGAUGCGGCUUUGUGAAGACGGAGAUAAAAUACAUUUUUCCACCUUUUAUGGAACGCCGGUCAUGGAGACACGAGGAGAGGCAAUGCAUUGGUGAAGAACCAGAGCUGAUGGCUGAUGAUGGUGAUGUUGAUCUCCAUUUGUUCCCUACUCCUGCUGCUUGUGAUGAGCCUAUAUCUAAUGAAACUAACAACGUUUGGGCAUUGAUUCCUGAACUUAGAGAAAAGAUGCACCUCCACCAAAAGAAAGCUUUUGAGUUUCUUUGGCAAAACAUUGGAGGGUCCAUGGACCAAGGACUUAUGGAAGCACAAUCUGAAAGCAGAGGCGGUUGUGUGAUAUCUCAUUCUCCUGGAGCUGGAAAAACUCUUCUCAUGAUUGCGUUUCUUGUUAGCUAUUUGAAGUUAUUCCCACAGAAGAGACCCUUGAUCCUUGCUCCAAAAACUACACUUUAUACUUGGAACAAAGAAUUUAUCAAGUGGCAGAUUCAUGUGCCAGCGUAUCUAAUUAAUAGUCGUAAAGACCAGAGAAAUUUCAGUGAAAAAGCAUUGGCUCUUCCUGGACUUCCAAAUCCCAAUGAGGAUGUCAAGCAUACUUUGGAUUGCCUUGACAAGAUACAAAAGUGGCAAGCACACCCCUGUGUUCUGGUCAUGGGGUACACAUCAUUCUUAUCAUUGAUGAAUGAGGAUUCAAAGUUUGAACACAAGAGUUACAUGGCUAAAGCAUUGAGGGAAAGCCCUGGGAUUCUUAUCCUGGAUGAAGGACACAACCCUAGAAGUACAAAAUCAAGGUUGAGGGAAGCGUUGAUGAAAGUGGAGACAGAACUGAGAAUACUACUCUCUGGCACAUUAUUUCAGAACAAUAUCUGUGAGUACUUUAACACACUCUGCUUGGCAAGGCCAAGGUUUAUCCACGAAGUGCUGAAUGUGUUAGAUCCAACAUAUGUAAGGAGUGAAGCAGAAAACAAAGCUCCCCAUAUAGUUGAGUCACGGGCUAGGAAAUUCUUCCUAGAUAUCAUUGGGGCAAAAAUUGACUCGGGUAAUGCUCAUGAGAAGAUGGAGGGCAUAAACAUGUUGAAGAGCUUCACUAGUGGUUUCAUAGAUGUUUAUGAUAGUGAGAUUGCAGAUAGUCUUCUACCUGGUUUACAAAUUUAUACGUUGCUGAUGAAUAAUAUUGAGAAGGAGAGUGAGAUCUUGCAGAAACUGCAGAAGAAAAUGAAUCAGAGUAGUGGGUACCCUCUAGAGGUAGAGUUUUUGAUAACCCUUGCAUCAAUACAUCCAUGGUUGAUCACAACAACAGAAUGUGCCAAAAAGUUUUUCAGUUUGGACCAAUUGAAGCAGCUAGACAAAUGCAAGGAUGAUAUGAAAAUAUGGUCAAAGGUGAAAUUUGUUCUGAGCCUUGUUUUACGUGUUACGAAGAAGGAGAAGGUUCUUAUAUUUUGCCGCAACCUCGCACCAAUGUGGCUUCUUUUGGAGUUAUUUGAGAAGUUCUUCAUAUGGAAAGAAGGUAAAGAAGUUUUAACACUUCAUGGGGAUCAAGAGCUGUUUGAACGUGGGAAAGUUAUAGACAAGUUUGAGAACCGUGGUGGAGCCUCAAAGGUACUCCUUGCUUCGAUCACUACUUGUGCUGAAGGUAUUAUUAGUUUGACAGCAGCAUCUCGGGUGAUUUUCUUGGACCCAGAGUGGAAUCCGUCAAAAACAAAGCAGGCUAUUGCACGGGCUUUUCGCUCUGGUCAGGAGAAUGCCGUUUAUGUGUAUCAGCUCUUGGCAGCAGGGUCAUUUGAGGAAGAUAAGUACACGAAAACUAGUUGGAAAGAUUGGGUUUCGAGGAUGAUUUUCACCGAGGAUUUUGUGGAGGACCCUUCCAAGUGGCAAGCAGAGAAGAUUGAAGAUGAUAUGCUGAGGGAAAUGGCUGAGGUGGACAAGUCUAAAUCAGUCCACAAGAUACUGAAGAAUGAAAUGGCAUCAACAAAUUGA